AAUCCAUAAGCACUUCGAAAUCGGAAAAGGAAAAGAGUAGAACAAAGACGAGAGGGAGUUCAAGACGACCUUCAGGCGAUGGAUCCUUCUCUUCAGAACAUCGCCGGAAGCAACGGCGGCAUCCCCACCCCUGCCGCCAACACCCCGACGCCCUCCACCACCGGCUCCGACGGUGGCGAGGACCAGAAGCAAAACCUUGCCCAAGUGAUCAACUCCAUCGAUAAGACCCUUGGCCUCCUACACCAGCUCCAUCUCACCGUCUCCUCCUUCAACCUCGCAUCCCAACUACCCCUCCUCCAACGCCUGAACGCGGUGGUGACGGAGCUGGAUACGAUGCAGAAACUGGCGGACAAUUGUAACAUUCAAGUUCCGAUGGAGGUUAUCAAUUUGAUUGAUGAUGGGAAGAACCCGGACGAGUUCACCAGGGACGUGCUCAACAGCUGCAUCACGAGGAAUCAGAUCACCAAGGGCAAGACAGACGCUUUUAAGAGCUUAAGAAAGCACCUUUUGGAAGAACUUGAACAAACUUUUCCUGAUGAAGUGGAAGCUUAUAGGGAGAUUCGUUCAUCAUCUGCUGCUGAAUCAAAAAGGAUGGCUCAAGCACAAGGUAUUUUAUCCAAUGGAGAUGUAAAAGUGAAGACAGAGCAUUGAUAGCUUCUAUUUUGAUAUCUAUUUGUCCUAUUUAUGGACAAUAGUGUUUAGGCUAAGUGAAUCUUGGGAACCCUGCGGUCGUCUGUAUAUUUUUUGUUGUCAAGAGGCAAAAAUGUGAUAGUAUCUGCUAUUUAAUUUUUUCCUUCUUAAAACUACUAGUCAUAUGUCUUGGAUAUCCUUAUGUAACUGUCAUUUUAUCAAUUUAAUAUCCCUUAAUGUUCAUAUUUGUGGA